UGCAGCAGAACUGUGCUCUGGGAGCCAGAGCUGCACCAGGUCCAGACCGCACCAGUCCCGGCUCCAGCAGGACGCCAGCAGCAGCUCCACAACGAAGACAGAGCAUCAAACACUUCCCCUGGCUGGACAGCAGUGCCAUGGGCUUUGGGCCAGAGCUGUGGUGCCCGCAGGGGCACAGCGCACUGCUGCGGCUGCAGGAUGGGGAGCUGCAGCUCCUGGAGCUGAUGAAGAAGUGGAUGUCACAGCGGGCCAAGAGUGACCGGGAGUACGCAGGGAUGCUGCACCACAUGUUCUCCCAGCUGGAAAAGCAGGAGAGCGCUUGGCAGCUCCACGGCGACCGAGGCGGUCAGGUUGAGAAGUCCUGGUGGGUGCUGGUGAGCCGGACGGAGGCACUGAGCCAGACGCUGCGGCGGCACGCGGAGGCGCUGGCGGCGGGGCCGUUGGCCAAGCUCAGCCUGCUGAUCCGCGACAAGCAGCAGCUGCGCAAGGCCUUCGGCGAGCAGUGGCAGCAGCUCAGCCAGGAGUACAGCCGGACCACGCAGCAGGAGAUGGAGAAGCUGAAGGCGCAGUACCGCAGCCUGGCUCGGGACAGUGCCCAGGCCAAACGCAAGUACCAGGAGGCCAGCAAAGACAAGGAGCGGGACAAGGCGAAGGAGAAGUAUGUGCGCAGCCUCUGGAAGCUCUAUGCCCUGCACAACCAGUAUGUGCUGGCUGUGCAGGCAGCUGCACUACACCACCAGCACCACUACCAGCGGGUGCUGCCCAGCCUGCACCAGUCCCUCUAUGGUCUGCAGCAGGAGAUGGUCCUCAUCCUAAAGGAGAUCCUCAGAGAGUACUGCAGCAUCAGCAGCCUGGUACAGGAGGAUAUGUUGGGCAUGCACCAGGAGAUUGCCAGUGCCAUCCAUGCCAUCGACCCUGCCACUGAGUACAACGGCUUCAUCCAGAGCCACCAGUACGAAUCUGAGGUGCCCCCAGCUGUGUCCUUUGACGAGAGCCUGCUGGAGGACACGGAAAACCUGGUGCCGGGGGAGCUGCAGCUGAAUGAGCUGACCCUUGAAAGUGUCCAGCACUGCCUGACAUCGGUGGAGGAGGAGCUGGUGGCCGCCACAGAGGCUGUGAGGAUCAAGGAGCAGCAGAUGCAGGAGCUGAAGGCGGAGAUCCAGGAUGAGGAGCAGGGCCGGAGCCCCGCGGAGCGGGUGCACCUGCUGGGCCGGCGGCAGGGGCUGCACGCGGCGCGGCAGCAGCUCGAGGGCUGCCUCUGUGCCCAGGCCAAGCUGCAGGCGCAGCGGGACCUGCUGGCCAGCAAGCUGGCGGAGCUGGGCACCAGGGAGCCCCUGCCCGCCCUGCCUCUGCCCGAGGACCGGCAGUCCGUCUCCUCCACGGAGCAGGAGCGGAGCGGGGCCAGCGCCCUGGAGACCCUCAAGAACCACAUCACGGGCAUCUUCAGCCCAAAGUACUCACUGCCCCCCCCCGUGCCCCUAAUCCCCGACGUGCAGAAGCCGCUGUGCCAGCAGGUCUGGUACCACGGGGCCAUCCCACGCUCGGAGGUGCAGGAGCUGCUGACCUGCAGCGGGGAUUUCCUGGUGCGGGAGAGCCAGGGCAAGCAGGAGUACGUGCUCAGCGUGCUGUGGGACGGGCAGCCCCGGCACUUCAUCAUCCAGGCUGUCAAUGACAUGUUCCGGCUGGAGGGUGACUGCUUCCCCACCAUCCCGCUGCUCAUCCAGCACCUCCUGCAGAGCCAGCAGCCCAUCACCCGCAAGAGUGGCAUUGUCUUGGCCAGGGCUGUGCCCAAGGACAAAUGGGUGCUCAACCACGAGGAUGUGCUGCUGGGGGAACGCAUCGGCCGGGGUAACUUUGGGGAGGUGUUCAGCGGACGCCUGCGUGCUGACAACACCCCCGUUGCUGUGAAAUCCUGCCGGGAAACGCUUCCUCCUGAGCUCAAGGCCAAGUUCCUGCAGGAAGCCAGGAUUCUCAAGCAGUACAGGCACCCCAACAUCGUGCGGCUCAUCGGUGUCUGCACGCAGAAACAGCCCAUUUACAUUGUCAUGGAGCUGGUGCAGGGGGGGGACUUCCUGACCUUCCUGCGCAGUGAGGGUCCCCACCUCCGCGUGAAGGAGCUGGUCAAGAUGACGGAGAAUGCUGCUGCUGGCAUGGAGUACCUGGAGAGCAAGCACUGCAUCCACAGGGACCUGGCUGCUCGCAACUGCCUGGUGACAGAGAGGAACACCCUGAAGAUCAGUGAUUUUGGGAUGUCACGGGAGGAGGAGGAUGGCAUCUAUGCCUCCACAGGGGGCAUGAAGCAAAUCCCCGUCAAGUGGACGGCCCCUGAAGCACUCAAUUAUGGCCGAUACAGCUCAGAGAGUGAUGUCUGGAGCUUUGGGAUCCUGCUGUGGGAAGCCUUCAGCCUGGGUGCCGUGCCCUAUGCCAACCUCAGCAACCAGCAGACGCGGGAGGCAGUGGAGCAGGGUGUGCGGCUGGAGCCUCCCGAGCAGUGUCCUGAGGAGGUGUACCAGCUGAUGCAGCGCUGCUGGGAAUACGAGCCCCGCAAGCGGCCCAGCUUCAGCACCAUCCACCAGGAGCUCACUGCCAUCCGCAAGAGGCACCGGUGACAGGAGCGCCGGGGGCCCUGGACCCGCCCGCGGCAGUGCCUGGGGCACAGCAGAGCCCUGCCUGGGGCACAGCAGAGCCCUGCCUGGGCAGCGGCUGCUGCAGCGUGGCUGUGUGCUGCUUGAGCCCCAGGGUGGGACACGGCACCCACAGCUCCUGCCUCGUCUUGUACAAUAAACACACGAGCUCUGCAGCUCUGCAGUGAAUCUGGGAGCUGCGAGGGGA